CGCUUCCUUUUCCAGCAACGCCUGCGAUCAUGGCGGACGUUGCAGCGGAGCAGGUAGCGGACCAGAAAGGAGUCAAGGGUCGGGAGCUGAACGGGGAGGUGAACGACAAGCAAGAGGCUGAUCCCGCGGAAGAGACGGCGAAAAAGAAGAAGAAAAAGAAGAAGAAGAACAAGUCUGCAACCACAGCUGCUGAAACGGAGGCAGAUGGAGUCGUCGAAGUUACCAAACAGCUGGAGAAACAGGCGAUAGAGGACAAAGAGAAGGAGGAGGAUGUUGAGGAAGAUGGAGAAAACUCAACAGGGAAAAAGAAGAAGAAGAAAAAGAAGAAGAAAGGACCCAAAACUCAAACUGAUCCCCCAUCUGUGCCAAUCUGUGAGUUGUUCUCAAAUGGAGUAUUCCCCAUCGGACAGGAGUGUGAAUACCCCACCGCUCAGGACGGUCAAAGCGCUGCGUGGCGCACAACCAAUGAGGAGAAGCGGGUUUUGGAUAAAGCCAACGAAGAGAUGUGGUGUGACUUCAGGCAGGCGGCCGAGGCCCACAGACAGGUCCGGCAGCACGUUCGCAGCUUCAUCAAACCCGGCAUGACCAUGAUUGAAAUUUGUGAGCGUCUGGAAGAUUGUUCACGUAAGCUGAUAAAGGAGAACGGGCUGAAUGCUGGCCUGGCCUUCCCCACCGGCUGCUCCCUCAACCAUUGUGCUGCCCACUACACUCCUAACGCCGGAGACACCACUGUCCUGCAGUACGACGACGUCUGCAAGAUCGAUUUUGGCACGCACAUCAACGGGCGUAUCAUUGAUUGUGCCUUCACUGUCACCUUUAACCCAAAGUAUGACAAGCUGCUGGAAGCUGUGAAGGAUGCCACCAAUACUGGGAUCAAAAACGCCGGCAUUGAUGUGCGUCUGUGUGACGUUGGAGAGGCAAUUCAAGAGGUGAUGGAGUCGUAUGAGGUUGAGCUUGAUGGCAAAACAUACCAAGUGAAACCAAUCCGAAACCUUAAUGGUCAUUCGAUUGGUCAGUACAGAAUACAUGCUGGAAAAACUGUGCCCAUCGUUAAAGGAGGAGAAGCAACAAGAAUGGAGGAGGGAGAGGUUUAUGCCAUCGAGACGUUUGGCAGCACUGGUAAAGGUGUGGUCCAUGACGACAUGGAGUGCUCUCACUAUAUGAAAAACUUUGACAUCGGCCACGUUCCCAUCAGGUUGCCAAGAACAAAACACCUACUGAACGUCGUCAACGAGAACUUUGGCACGCUGGCGUUCUGCCGGCGCUGGCUGGACCGGCUGGGUGAGAGCAAAUACCUGAUGGCCCUGAAGAACCUGUGCGAUCUGGGCAUCGUGGACCCCUACCCUCCGCUCUGCGACACCAAGGGCUGCUACACGGCUCAGUUCGAGCACACCAUCCUGCUCAGGCCCACCUGCAAGGAGGUGGUGAGCCGGGGAGACGACUACUGACCACUCCAACCAAACCCCGGCACCACCACCGCCUCAGUUAGACAAACGGCAGGAAGGAGCCUCGGAAACAGGACAUGAUUGACUCAGCAGCUGCGAAGGAUGUCCCCUAUUACUGUAGUCUUACCUUACAAAGCACCACUCAUCUUUUGAGGAAGGAGCAGCCUUCACAGCUAAAGAAAAGCCAACAGAUUUUGGUUGGAGGAAACUGGUCGUUUCUGUCAGUGUCCUUUGGAUCAGGUUGAGUAAAAGAUGCAAGUAUUCAUAGUUAAGCACCUAAUUUGUUAAAGCUGCCCCUGAACUCAGCGCAACGUCAUCUGGUCACGCAGAAAUAUGUGAAUGCCCACCUUAUGAUUUUCAGUUUCUAUGACUCGUCUAUGAACUUUAAGUACUUUGGUUCCCUCAUUGAGGGCAGCGCGGCCAACGAUGGCUUUAAAAAGUGGUCAGGUAGUUCCUGAAACGUUGAGCGACCUAAACUGCAUCGUCAUAAAAACGCCACACACCUGCAGCUGCACGCCUGGCUUCUGUCGCUACCGGAGGGACCCCUGCACCCCGGCCCGCCACUCUUUGUUUCUCUGAUAUUUGUACAAUAUCUCUGAAAUGGCUGCUGCCACUGUUAUGAUCCCGGUUAAAUUGCAUCAUUUGAAAUCUCCCCGAAAAUGUUUUUGUAAGGAAAAAAGACUAUUAAAGUAAUUUUUGCUCA